AUGCCUCCCCUCCUUACCCCUAAUCCAACACCCUCCAAGGCCCCUCAUCCUCAAUCUCAGUCUUCGACACCAGCUUCUCGACCCUCGCAAAGCACACAGGCCUCAAAGAACCCCAAAACAACAGCAGAUCUCUCACAAGAGCACCACGCAAUCAUGCUUCGUCACGCACUCUCCUCUCCGACAAUCCGAGCACUUGCCUCCCUUCCCCGCGGCCCGCCUCCCGAAGAGAUCCUCCGUUGUGCCUCUUCCGCAACAGAAUUCCUCUCCUUCACCUUCAAUCCGUUGGAAAAGGUCGCCUUCUCCCACAUCAACAACGACCCUUCAACCCGCUGGCCCUUGAAAGAGACCCUAACCAAGCCUUGGCACAAGGUCUUCCUCGUCGCCCAAUGUGAGGCUUCGGGCGGAGACUACGGCGACUGCCUCUCCCUCCAGGCCAGGCAGAAGCUCUUGUCCGACAAACCCCGCAUAGUAAAGAUCCUGGGUCAGGUUCUGCGUGCCUGCGCCGACAUCAUGGGUUGUCGCAAAGACGCCGUCGGCCUGAGGCGCUCCCUCGAGACCUGGCGUGCCGUUCUACUUCAGGUACCCGAUAUUGGGCCGAAAAAGAUGAUCACACUCGUCGAGCAUGGCAUCAGAACCGUACGCCGGCUUGCUGAGAUGGACUUCUUUCACAUCGAGAGGGUGCUCUCCCGGAAUCCGCCAUUCGGUCAGAAGAUUGUGCGUAGCUUGGCACACUUCCCACGCCUCGUACUUGCUGUGGACAUACCCAAACGCGACGAGGGCCCGAAAAGUGGUGUCAUUGUUCGCGCCAUCCUAGGCUGCUCAAAUCGGGAGGCUCCUGUCUGGAAAGGGACGACACCUUGGGUUAUAAUGGCUGCCGAGACCUCGGAUGGCCGACUGGUUUUUUUCUGGAAGGGAAAAGUCAGGAGCCUUAUGCCGAGCAAAGACCUCGUGUUCUCUAUCGAAGCGGCCAAGGGCGACAAGGUGUUCGUGUGGGCAAGUUGCGAAGAGAUUGCUGGUACUUAUGUAACAGGGGAGGUAACAGUCUAG